AUGAUGACUUUCUUGAAACUCGUUGCCUUACUACUUUUCAUUGCGGAUUCUAAUCAACUCAACAAUGGUCUCGGUCGAACUCCACAGAUGGGUUGGAAUAGUUGGAACCAUUUUGGUUGUAAUAUCAAUGAAAAACUUAUUCAACAAACAACAGAUACCAUUGUAGCAACAGGUCUCGCUGCUGCCGGAUACCAAUAUGUAAAUAUGGAUGACUGUUGGCAAGUUAGUCGAGAUUCUCAAGGCACCAUUCAAGCUGACCCAAACGCUUUUCCAAGUGGUAUUCCUGCAUUAGUGGAUUAUGUUCAAUCAAGAAAACUUAAAUUUGGUCUGUACUCAGAUGCAGGGUUCAAGACUUGUGAUGGUAGACCCGGCUCCUUACACUAUGAAAUAAUAGACGCUAAAACAUAUGCUGCAUGGGGUGUAGAUUAUUUAAAAUAUGAUAACUGUAACAGUGAUGGAACAAUUCCAGAAGUGAGAUAUCCGGUUAUGAGAGAUGCAUUGAAUGCCAGUGGACGAUCAAUCUUUUACUCGAUGUGUGAAUGGGGCGUUGAUAAGCCAGCUUUGUGGGCACCCAAUGUUGGUAACAGUUGGAGAACUACUGGAGAUAUAAGUGAUAAAUGGAAAUCAAUGUUGGACAACAUUGACAUUAAUAAUGAAUUUGCAGAUAAAGCAGGUCCAGGUGGUUGGAAUGAUCCUGAUAUGCUCGAAGUUGGAAAUGGUGGAAUGACCGACUCCGAAUAUAUUUCACAUUUUUCUCUUUGGGCCAUAAGCAAAGCACCACUUCUCAUUGGAUGUGAUGUCAGUAAGAUGAGUGCAGCUACGUUAGCAACUCUUACCAAUCCUGAAGUCAUUGCUGUCAAUCAAGAUCCACUUGGUGUUCAAGGCAAAAAAGUUGCAUUCGGAUCAUCACAACUACCAAAUUCGUCAAGUGACGUAGCUGUGACUAAUUGUACAUCGUUCUCAGCAACUAUCGCACCUGAACGUUUACAAUGGUCAUACAAUCCUCAAGAUGGUUCGAUUCGAUCUAAGCUUAAUGGUCAAUGUUUAUCAAUCGAUAGUUGCAGUACAUCAGAAGCUGCCAAUAUUGUAGUGAGUGAAUGCCAAAUUAAUGAUCCGAAUGCACAAUGCCAAGGAAAAAAUCAACAGUGGACAAUUAAUACUUCUGAUCAAAGUGUUGUCAGUCGAAUGAAUGGAAAAUGUUUGGAUGUAUAUGAUUUUGAUGGUCCAAGUGUGGAUGCAUUCUCAUGCAAUAAGCAAGAUAAUCAAGCAUGGUUAUGGAGUCCGAAUGACGGAACUGUUCGGAGUAAACACAAUGGUGAAUGUUUAACAUUGAAAGCGAACCUUGAAGUGUGGGCUGGGCCACUUGUGAAUGGUUCACAAGCUGUUGUAUUACUCAAUCGAAACGAUUUCGGAAGCGAAUCGAUUACAGUGAAUUGGCAGGACAUUGGUUUUCCGGUUGAUCAUUCAGCUGUUGUACGUGAUUUAUGGGCACGAAAAGAUAUUGGAACAUUUACUGGUAAUUACACUUCACCAAAAAUAGAUUAUCAUUCUGUGACGAUGCUGAAAAUCACUCUCAGCUAA